AUGUCUGUUAAGUACAAGCAGUUGUGUUACCGGAUUCACAUCAUUCAAAUGACUCGUUCACAAGUUGUACAGCUUUAUAAAACACUUCAAUAUUUGGGCCGAGAAUAUCCUGGUGGGCCAGAAAAAUUUCGGAAAAAGUGCCAUGAUAUAUUUCUUCGAAAUAGCACAGAAACCGAUCCAAAUAAAAUUAAAUCAAUGAUCGAACAUGGAAAAUUUAUUGUUAAGGAGUUAGAGGCUUUGUAUUCUUUGCGCAAAUAUCGUGCGAUGAAGAAACGCUAUUACGUUGAAUAGGCAUAAUUUGAUCUAUGUUUCUCGAAAAUAUUCUAUAAAUAAAUUUUACAAAAUAACUGACCAAUACAUUAA